UAAUCACAUAUUUGUACUUCAGAGCUUUUUUCUGAUAAAAGCAACACACAUGAAUUCGUGGACCUGGUGAAAGAAUUGGCCCUACCUGGAGAACUGACGCAGAAUCGGAGUUAUGACUUUGAGUUUAUGCAGGUUGAGAAGCCCUAUGAGUCCUACACAGGAGCUAAUGUCAGGCUAAGGUAUUUUCUCAGGGUGACCAUAGUCCGCCGCCUUUCCGACCUAGUCAAGGAGUAUGAGCUUAUUGUCCACCAGUUAGCCACGUACCCAGAUGUCAACAACUCAAUUAAAAUGGAGGUCGGCAUUGAGGACUGUCUGCACAUUGAGUUUGAAUACAAUAAAUCCAAAUACCACUUAAAGGAUGUGAUUGUGGGGAAGAUCUACUUUCUGCUGGUCAGAAUUAAGAUCCAACACAUGGAGCUACAGCUCAUUAAGAAAGAAAUAACUGGCAUAGGACCCAGUACUACCACUGAGACUGAAACUGUUGCUAAAUACGAGAUAAUGGACGGUGCUCCAGUAAAAGGAGAGUCAAUCCCCAUCAGACUGUUUCUUGCAGGAUAUGACCUGACGCCCACUAUGAGGGACGUGAACAAGAAAUUUUCUGUACGAUACUUUCUCAAUCUUGUCCUAGUGGAUGAAGAGGAUAGAAGAUAUUUCAAACAACAGGAAAUUGUUUUGUGGAGAAAAGCUCCAGAGAAGUUGAGGAAGAGAAACUUCCACCAGCGUUAUGAAUCUCCUGAACCCAGGACCCAACCAGUUACUGCAGAGCAGCCAGAGAUGUGAAGCUAAAGAGACUAAAGCUACACAAAGACUUUCUACCUGGCAGCCAGGCUGUAAGGGCUGCCUGUCUCUAAGGACUAAGAAGAUGGCUGUAUACAUGAAACCCAGAGACACAGGUCCCACCACCUCACAGCUGCUGUUGUAAGCUCUGGCUCGUCCUUAACUUUAUUUUGUCUUUUCCUAGUGACUGAAUGACUUUGCAAAAUUGAAAUGCUAAAUUACAAAGCAUUAAUCAUUACCAUCUAUGCUCUGAAAAGUGUCCACUGUAUACAG